GAAUUUCUUUCCUUCAGAGAAGCUGAAGAAACAAACAGAGACAAAGAGAAGAGACGUUGGACUGCUGCUGCUCUGGGGUCAGUCGUUAGGGUUAGUUAGCUGGUUACACAGUUGGAUAGUCAGGUUGGUUAGCUGUGGAGUUUGUAUGUUGGACAGAUGGACUCGGCUUCUCUCUGCAGCAGAAAAAGGCCCUGUGAUGGAGCUGUCCUCCACCUGCACCAGGAGGCCCAGCAGCCAUUCAGGAAGAGGGGGGAGGGAAGGAGAGGAGACUGUAAGGAGAACAGAGACCCUCGGGAUAAUCUGCAGAGGAAGAGAAGGGACCGGAGAGGGGCUCAGACCACAAACCAGUUCACACCUACUUCUGUUUUUCGGUGUGGCAGCGAGAUCCAGAUCCGCAGAGCUGAAAUCCGAGUGGCUCUAAUCAGGAAGACCCGGAUCCAGACUGGGUCGAGCGGAUUAGACCCGGUUCAGGGUCUGACUGAGCCACAGCGGGACCAGCAACUAGCCCAGAGCACAUGGGUCAGAACCCUGUCCGAGGUUAGACCCGGGUCCGGGUCCAUGGGAAGCAUUCCUGAGACCAGGACCAGAAGGAGGAAGAAGGUCCAGCCGUCUGCGUUCAGAGGCAGAGGUCAGCUGCGACUGUCAGUCACCAGAGAGCUGCAACAGCUGAUCAUUCACAUCCAUGAGGCCAGAGGGCUGAUGGGACAAUCCCAGAGAUCAUGUGACUCCUAUGUGAAGCUGGCCGUGACCUAUGACCUGCAACGCAGCAUCAGGAUUAAAACUCACACGGUCUACAACAACAAGAACCCAAAAUACGAGCGCCGCUUUAAGCUGUGGAUCAGAGGAGAGUUCAUGCCGAGCAGGUUGCUGGUUUCAGUGUUCAGACGACCUGCUGACAACAGGCGCAGUCAGCUGAUUGGCUGUAUGAACUUCAGGAUUGGCUCUCUCGUCUCAUCCUGUGAGCCCCUCAAUGGUUGGUUCUACCUCUUGGCGGAGGAGUAUGGGUGGAGCAAACACCUGAGAGUGACAUCACACAGAAGCAAACCAACAAGAAGCUCUGAAGAGGCGUGUGUGGACAUCAGAGCAGACCUUCGGAGGACUCCGGACUCCACCCCUGAUUCUGACCUGAACCACAUCGUUGAUGCGGCUUCCUCCACCGGUGCGUCCACGGCCAGCCUGACAAAGUCCACCUCCACCAGUGCCACCAGCACCAGCGGGCCAAAAGACCUGAUCUCCAGCCUCCACUCUGAGGUCACCAGCUACAGCAGCCACGCCUCCACACUGUACACCAACACCAGCCAGCAGUACGCUGGCCGAGACGGCAGCGCUAUGCAGCGAAUGGAGGUGAGCAUCGCUCGAGGAAAAGAUGGAUUCGGUUUCACCAUCUGCUCUGACUGCCCGGUCAGAGUGCAGGCGGUAGAUCCAGGCGGUCCGGCUCAUCAAUCUGGACUCCGUCAGGGAGACUCGGUCCUGCAGCUCAAUGGGCUUCCUGUAGAGACCUGGAAGUGCGUCGACCUUGCCCAUGCCAUCAGGAGCUGUCAGUCUCAGAUUGUGUUGGUGGUGUGGAGAAGUUUACCUGAGGUCCGGUCAGCAUGUGACGCUAUGCUCCGCCCACACACACACAGCGCGACGACAGGCAGGAAGUUGCUGUCUAACCCCACCCAAAGCAAACAAGACCGCAAAUGGGGUCAGGGGUCAGGGGUCCGGGCCAGUUUGGGAGCUCUAGGUUCUCUAUGGAGGGAUAGAAAGGAGGACCGGGAGGAAGAGGAAGAGGAGGAAGACCAGGAGAUGUACACACCUCACACCACCACCCUGAAGGGCACACGUGUGACAUCAUCAAAUGGAGACAAUUACAUCAUCCUGUCACCUGUCAACCCAGAAGGGCAGCUGCUGCAACCAGUUUAUCACGACAGGACUGGGUCGAUCGGACAUCUGUACCAGACUCGCCCCAGAGGUCCGAACGUCCUCCACGACUCGUGUUUGGGGUCGUUACAGAGACCUUUUACCAGGCAAAUCUCCACCCUGCCUCCACCUCUUUCCUCCACAUCUUUGGCCCCGCCCAGAAACUAUGGCAACUACCAGAACUGCACCAUUGUUCAGUCACAUGUGCCCUGCUCAGGAUAUGGAACCUACGUCACCAUGGCGCCCAAAACCGUCAUCUUCCCUAUUUUCGUCCAGCCUCUCGAUCUCUGCAGUCCAGACAGAGCGCUGCUGAUGUCUGAAGAGAUGAUCCUGCACCAAGCCGACCUGCUGCCUGCAAAGGUGACCGUGUUGAUCUACACUGACCUGCUGCUACUUACCAGAGAGGAUGAAGCUGGACGCUGUAACGUCCUGCAGAGUCCGGUGUUCCUGAACACAUUGAAGCUCAGAGAGG